AUGUCAUCGUUGGUGUUGUCACAUUGGUGUCAUCGUUGGUGUUGUUAUGUCAUUGUUGGUGUCAUGUUGUCAGUAGUUAAAGCAUCUUGGUGGAUUCUUGAUGAACAAGCUUUUGGUAGUUUGUUUUUUACAGGUUUUGUUGCUGGUCUUAUCAUUGUUGUAGUUGCUUAG